AAGGGAAAACGUUGAUUACCAUUCCUUUUAUUUAUUUAUUAUUUUUACUAAUUGAAUAAAACUAAAAUUUAUUGAGCUAAUUAAUUAAUAUUAAUAAUACUAAUAUUAUAUUAUUAUUAUUAUUAUUAUUGUAACCCAAUUUCUCCUUCCCGUCUCCCUCCGCCAUCUUCUUUCUCCAUCCGUCUCAAUCUUUUCCUCCUUCUCGCCGACCGCUUACUGGAGCAUAGCUUCCCUAUGGCCGUCUGAACUAUUUCUCUCUUCAAUUAUUUAUUGGGGAAUCAUCGAAGGAGGAGAGGAGAGGAGAAGGGUUUUAGUGAUGGAUAAGAACGAAGAGACGGGGAGCCCUGGUUGGGGUGCUUCACUUUUCCUCCAGACGACUGAAGAUGUUGCAAGAGCUGUGGCUGCUGCAGCUGCUGCCGCAACCGAUGCUCGCUCUCCUCGUCCUUCUGUCAUAUAUUCUUCAAAAGACGACGAGGGCGGCAGUCCACUACAGAGAUUGCAGCGUCAAGUUAAUAAAGUGCUUAAAGGGUUUUCUAGUCCUCCUCAAGUCAAAACUGCAGGAACUUACAAUCCUGAAGUUCUCACUACCCAAAAGCGUCAGUGGGCCAAUUUCCAGUUGCAGUACUUGGACCAUCGAUCUCAGAAGGAGCCAACUAGGAUUUUUGAAAGCAUGGUUGUUGUUGGCCUUCAUCCUAAUUGUGAUAUUCAGGCACUUCAGAGGCAGUAUGCUGCAAAGAGGUCAGAAGGUUCUGGGAGACUCCGAACUGCUCUUAAUAAUAGUCAGAAUCAAUCUAGGGUGGAACCUCAUCUCGAACCACAGGUCCUAUUUGUUUACCCUCCCGAGAAACAGUUACCACUCAAGUACAAGGACCUUCUUUCAUUCUGCUUUCCAGGAGGUGUGGAGGUUCACGCUGUUGAAAAAACUCCUUCCAUGAGUGAGUUGAAUGAGAUUCUUCUUGGGCAGGAACACUUCAAGCAAAGUGAUCUCUCAUUUGUAUUCCGCUUACAGGUUGCUGAUGAUUCAACAUUGUAUGGAUGCUGUGUUUUAGUUGAAGAAUUAGUGCAGAAACCUUCUGGGUUGCUUUCCGUUUCUGAAAAACCAUCUUCCUACUCAUCCUUGAGCCGUUACGUACUAACCACACGCAGAUGCUACUGCAUCCUUUCUCGGCUGCCAUUCUUCGAAUUACAUUUUGGUGUGUUGAAUAGCAUCUUCACCGAAGAAAGGCUGCAAAGAUUAACAAAAGGUAUUGGUGUUUUGAAUUUGGAAUCCAGAGAGAAUUUGAGCAUUGAUGAAGAUUUGGUGGAAGACAUGGGUUCCAUGACUUUAGACCAGAGUGCAGCUGAAGACAGGCAUGAGGGAAAAGAGGAAUAUUCUCAAAGAAUGGGUGCAGUUGAGCAUCAAGUGCUUGAUGAAAAUAUUCAAUGUCUGAGAACGGGUGUUAGUAAUGAUAUAGUUGCCAAACUUGAUGCAGAACCUGAGGCAAUUGACAGGCGUUUACCGAAUGCUGUUCUACCUCUCCUCCGUUAUUAUCAAUAUGAAAGCUCUGAAUCAUCCUCAAGUUUUCAGGGGUCUCCGAGUGAAGAUAGAAAUUUCAGAAGUGACGCUGAUGACACAGAGACAGAGGAGGCAUCUUUCUCUGGCCAGGAUGAUUCCACGGACCUACUUGACAUUCUUGAAUGGGCCAAGGAAAAUAAGAAUGGUUCAUUACAAAUCAUAUGCGAGUAUUACCAGUUGCAUUACCCUGCAAGGGGCUGUUCUGUUAAGUUUCAUCCUUUGGAGCACCUGCAUCCGAUGGAGUAUUAUAGAUCAGGCAAAACAGUUCUACAUGUUGCUGGCUCGACCAUUGAUCCAAGAUCAUGCAGUACAAGUCUUGAAUUAGCAGAGGCACACGGUGCUCUCAUGGUAGAGGAGGAAGCAAAUGCCUUGUCAAUAUGGACUGUUGCAAGCAUUUGUGGUUCUUUGCGCCUCGAGCAUAUUUUAUCAAUUUUAGCUGGAGCACUGCUGGAGAAGCAGAUUGUGGUUGUUUGUUCCAAUCUGGGUAUCCUAUCAGCUUCGGUUUUAUCCAUUAUUCCUAUGAUUCGACCCUACCAGUGGCAAAGCUUGCUGAUGCCGGUGUUACCAAAUGACAUGCUGGACUUUUUGGAUGCUCCUGUUCCUUACAUAGUUGGCGUGAAAAAUAAAACCAGUGAAGUACAGUCGAAGUUAACCAAUGCCGUUUUGGUUGAUAUGAAUAAGAACCAGGUCAAAGCCCCAACAAUACCUCAGUUGCCAAAACAAAAGGAGUUAUUCUCAUCAUUAAGACCGUAUCACGCAGAGCUAGUUGGAGAGAGCUUUUUAGGGAGAAAGAGGCCAGUGCAUGAAUGCACUGAUGUGCAGGUUGAAGCUGCCAAGGGUUUUCUAAAAGUGCUAAGAUUAUACUUGGACUCUCUCUGCUCUAACCUCCGUUCACAUACAAUUACUAAUGUACAAUCUAAUGAUGAUAAGGUAUCAUUACUCUUGAAGGAGAGUUUCAUUGAGUCGUUCCCAAGCCGUGAUCGGCCAUUUUUGAAGCUUUUUGUGGACACACAGUUGUUCUCUGUACAUACAGAUCUUGUUCUCUCCUUCUUCCAGAAGGAAUGAUCCCCACCGUAUCGUGAUCUGAUGAACGCAAGUUCAUUGAUGUAUAAUUUAUAUACUACUUCAAAUGAUUAUUUUUCUUUUCUUUUUUUAAUUCAUAAGUUCCAAUUUUCUAGGCAGGAAAUGUUUGCUUCUACUUUUCGGUUUCUCUGUUUCCCAGACAUUUCUACGACAUUGGGUCUCUAUAGUAGUUUAGCAUUUAAACAAAUGUAGAUGGAAGUGGACUGUAUUUCAUAGAACAAUAAAAUUGAUAGGGAAAGAGCAAAGCAUUAUAUUUAUUAUUACA